AUGGGUUCAGUCACAGCUUCUGAUAAACCUCAUGUUGUGUUGAUCCCAUACCCAGCUCAAGGCCAUGUGAACCCAAUGCUGAAGCUAGCAAAACUGCUUCACAACAAAGGCUUUUUCGUCUCUUUUGUCAACACCGAGUACAACCAUAAGCGUUUGCUCAGGUCCAGAGGCCCCAACUCUCUUGAUGGCCUCUCUGACUUUCGCUUUGAGACCAUCCCAGAUGGCCUCCCACCAAGUGAUGCUGACGCCACCCAAGACAUCCCCUCUCUCUGUGUUUCCACCACCAAGAACUGCUUGGCUCCCUUUUGCGCCCUCAUCACUAAGCUCAAUGAUCCUUCCUACUCUCCUGGCCCACCUGUGAGCUGUAUUGUGUCUGAUGGUGUCAUGUCCUUCACUCUUGAUGCUGCCGAGAAGUUCGGAGUGCCUGAAGUGGUGUUUUGGACGACAAGCGCAUGUGGCUUUCUCGGGUAUAGGCACUACAGAAACCUUAUUCGAAGAGGCCUCAUACCACUCCAAGAUGAAAGCUGUUUAAGCAAUGGGUACUUAGACACCGUUGUUGACUUCGUUCCUGGAAAGAAGAAAACCAUCCGUCUGAGAGACUUUCCAACUUUCCUCAGAACGACAGACCUGAACGAUAUCAUGCUCAACUUCGUGAGGGUGGAGGCAGAGAGAGCUUCCAGAGCUUCUGCUGUCAUUUUGAACACUUUCGAUGCUUUGGAAAAAGAUGUUCUGGAUGCUCUCUCAGCCACUCUUCCUCCUGUUUACUCCAUCGGUCCUCUUCAGCAUUUGGUUGAUCAGAUUUCAGACGAUAGAUUGAAAUCCAUGGGCUCAAAUCUAUGGAAAGAACAAACAGAUUGUCUCCAAUGGCUCGACUCCAAAGAACCCAACUCAGUCGUGUACGUGAAUUUCGGAAGCAUCACAGUGAUGACAUCCCAACAGCUCACAGAGUUCGCUUGGGGACUAGCUAACAGCAACAAGCCCUUCCUAUGGAUCAUAAGGCCUGAUCUGGUGGUGGGUGACUCAGCGCUUCUGCCACCGGAGUUUGUGACGGAAACGAAAGAUAGAGGCAUGUUAGCAAGCUGGUGCCCGCAAGAGCAAGUGCUGAAGCACCCGGCUAUAGGAGGGUUCUUAACACAUAGCGGCUGGAACUCCACAAGCGAGAGCAUAUGUGGGGGAGUGCCACUGAUUUGUUGGCCAUUCUUCGCCGAGCAACAGACCAACUGUCGCUAUAGUUGCAGUGAAUGGGGGAUAGGGAUGGAGAUUGAUAAUAAUGUGAAGAGGGUGGAAGUGGAAAAGCUUGUGAGAGAGCUGAUGGAUGGGGAGAAGGGGAAGGAGAUGAAGAAGAAGGUGAUGGAAUGGAAGAAGUUGGCAGAAGAGGCCACUAGGCCUGGAGGGUCAUCGUACGACAACUUCAACAAACUGCUGCGUAAUGUGUUGUCAAAGAAGUAG